GCCAAAGCUGUAGUCAUGGCAAUGCGGCUGCCUGUGGUGGGACGCUGUAAACUACUUUUCACAUGUAUUGAAGCUGACUGAGUGCCGAAUCGGUAUGAAAGGUACAGCUAGGCCCAGGAACUACAUGAGACAUUCCACCGCAGAGCUUCGCGACUCAGUACAUCAGUUAUUUAAACUGGCAAUAGUGAAGACAGCUAAGAAUUCGACAUGGCUGCGGUCUGGAGUGGUGUGGUAAUUUGAAGAUUAUAAAGAUUUCCAUCUUAUUUCUUUGAAGCAACAAGGAAAAACAAAAUGAAAGCUACCAGUUGGCUACGGAAAAAUUUUCUUCUUGCAGCGGGACUUGCUUUUCUUGGGAUUCACUUUGGUACUUACGUAAUACAGAAGACCGCAAAAAGCUCAGCUCAAUCAGAUGUGGAGUCAAAACAGAAGCGCGUCAAAGAUUAAUUAUCAAAAUGAUGUCUACUGUCCCAAUAGACAAACUGUUCUCAAUAAAGUAUGUGGGCUCUUUUUUUUAGUUUUCUGAAAAGUACCACAAUAAACAGUAUGGCUUUUUAAAAUUAAAAUGAUACUUUUAUUUUGAAAGAUGUCCCGCCUAGAGGUUCAAAGAUCUGCCCUUUGCCUGUCAGAUCCUCUGAGUGAUGGCAACACUCAACAGCAGCUGUCUGAGCUUGAGCAAAUCUUUGCAUCUUGUUAUGGCCCCUGCGGCCAACUCAAGCAAAUACACAACAAUCGGGGCGGUCACGUCCAGACCACUUCCACAGCUUUAGUUCUUCUCCGUGGAGUCCCAGUUUCUGACCCCCUUCUCAAGUUACUGUGUGCAUCAGUGCUGAACCACAUCUCGCGAUUCAGUGACUGUGGCUUAUUUACCAGCAUCCUCGGCUGCCAUCUAAUUCAAAGCGCUCUACAGCUAAACUUUCAUUCUAAUACAAUAGUCAGAAUAUUCAAGCAUCUCCUAGGGGAUUGUAUUCACUAUUUAAACAGUGACAGUUGUGCCUGCAAGCUUAAAAUUGAUUUUAGUAGCACCCAGGUCUUGCUUUCUCUGGCACGUAGCAUCAUAGUUAGUAAACCUGCUUGCUUACUUAACUCUAAAGAGGUGCAGCACAUAAGCUGCCUGUUGCUAAAGGCAUUUUUGCACACCAUUCCUUGCCAUAUAGGAGGCAAUACUUUGCUUGGUAAAACUAUUGUGCAUUCCAUAGAGGGCCACAGAGCCGAUAAGUCGUCACUGUUCCCUGGCUUGCUAUUGGAUUUGUUGGACACAUGUCCUAACUUUGUGCACACAAAGUUACCUUCUAGAAGUAUUAAAGUGAUGGUGUUUAGUGCAUCCUUGUCUGGAGACCUCCCUGAGGCAGUCAAUGGAGGUGUGGAAGCAUGCACUGGUGUGUCUCCUGAAGCAGUCCUUUUGGAAUCGCUGCUUACCUUAGGCAGCCAGUUAAUCGCUGAUGAUGUUGAUCUUCUGGUGUGUCAAAAGGUGGUGCAUCCUGCCCUUAAGCAGCAGCUGAAAAAGCAUAACGUGAUUGUUGUUGACCGCCUCGGUCAUGCCUUGAUGGAACCACUGACCCAAAUCACAGGUGCAACAGCUAUUGCUUCAUUUCAAACUGCAGUUCCACGCAAAUGUUAUGGGCAGCUAAAGGGUCUUGACUUGGUUUCUGUGGCUUCAAAGCGAUUACUACAUUUAAUUCCUUUUGAGGACUCUUGUGUGUAUACAUUGGUGCUCUGUAACAGAAAUGAAACCACACUGAAUGAACUUAAGAUUGCGUGUCAGGCUGCAGAACAUGUUUUAAAACUUACACUGAAGGAUCAGUUUGCUCUUCUUGGUGGAGGAUGUACAGAAGCUCAUUUGUCAGCCUAUAUCAGAAAUAAGGUCACCAGUGAGAUGAAUUGUGAACUUGCUGAUCUUGACUGCACCGCCACAGAAUACAUGGUGGUCGCACGAUGCUUCUGCUCCUCAUUGGAACAUGUAGCACGGGCUUUAGAUCAUGAAGGGAGAGAGUGUCUUAUAGAUCUAUCCCAUGGCCACAAAUGGAUAGUUUCGGCAAAUGAGCCCAUCAGCUGCAAAUGGAGUGAUCUGGUGACGCAAUGUGCCUGUGGCAGUAUUGAAAAAUCAAACAGCAUGAAUUGGGUGGUGCUGGAUGGUAACUAUGACACCUUUUCACCAAAGCUGAUCGAAAACAUUCAGAUGAAAAACAUCCCAGAAUGUAUUGUUCUGGACUCCUUUGCUGCCAAAAUGAAUGCUUUGCAGGUUGCAGUCGAAACGGCAAGCUUGGUCCUGGAUUUUAACUACGUUGUAAAAGAUGUUAAUUAAAUAAUUUUGAAUUAAAAGACUAAAGAAAAACCUGUUUGUUUUA